AUGAACAUUCCAAAAUCUAACAGAAAAAAAAAAUCCACAAAAUCUCAUAACUCAUCACAGCCCCAAAAUAAUCCAAAUCCUCAACCUUACUAUUCUAAUCUUCCAAUUGAUCUCAACUCAGAUUUAGAUACAAAUUUUCAAAAUUUUCCGAAUUACGGUUCACAAAAUCUCAAUUUCUCAAAUCCAAGUACUUUCACUCCGUUUCCUUUUCAACCACCACAAAAUCCUAAUUAUUCAAAUUCUCCAAAUGUUAUCCCAUCUUUUGAAAAUAUUCAAAUCUCUCAAAUUGAUUCAACAUUUCCCAUGUCUCAACAUUUUUCUAUGUCACAAGGUGAUGGUGCAUUUUCGAGUUUCGAUUGUUCAUACACAUCGAAUGCAUCAGAUGACGAAAAUGAACCAGAAGUUGAAGAAGGCGAAGGUAAUGAAAGAGGUAAUGAAGGAGGCAAUCAAGAUGGAAGGAAAAUUUUUUGGUCAAAAGCUGAAGAAGUGGUUCUUGUGAAGGCUUGGCUUGAGGUUAGUCAAAAUAAAAAAACUAACACUAACCAAAAGGGGGAUGUUUUUUGGAGGAAAAUAAAAGACAAGCAUGUUUGGGACAUCUUAAAACAACAUGAAGCAUGGAAACCAAGUGAAGAUGUUGUUAAAAAAUGCAAGGAAAAGACAUCCACUCAAGGAAGUGACUCAAAGAGAUCUCGUAUCAAUGAAGCUGGAAACUACUCCUCUUCAUCAAACCCAGAAACACCAACCAGUGGUGAUAUUGGGUAUUCAGGCUUUCCUUCUAGCAACGAAUCUAGUAAAAAUAAAGGAAAGAGCAAGGUGCCAAACAUGCCAAGUGGAGCAUGGCAACAAUGGUUGGACACUGCCCAGAACAUGAACCUUCUAAGGCAAUCAGAAAAUGAAGUUGAACUUACAAGGUUGCAACUAGAAAGGGAGAAAGAAGCAAGGAAGCAAAGAAAAAUUAAUAUGGAGUUAUUUAAACACCUCGAUUCAAAGCCAAACUUAUCUUCGGAAGAUCAAGAAUUAAGGAGCACUUUGUUGAAGAAGUUGUUCCCCUCAGACUAA